AUGAAAAGUCCAAAAUCAACACUUAUUGGAAGUAAACAAAAGAUCCUAAGGUUAUUCACAAAGAAUUCAAAUGAAGAUCAAAGAAACAACAGAGGAAUAAAUAAUAAUGGUAGUAGUGAUAGUAAUAAUUGUAGACGAUCUAUUGCUAUAUCUUCGUCAUCAUCAUCUAUCAAUUUCAAUAUUAAUUGUAACAAUAUUGUAGCAAGAUCUAAAGCUGUGAGCACUACCAUCACCACAACCACUGCUACAAAAAAACUAUCAUUAACCAAUAUUACUUCUAUUAAUAAUAUUACCACAACCAUAAAUAAUAAUAGUAUCACCAUGACCACAUAUAAUAAAAAGGAUAAUAUUCUGGAUGAUGUAGAUGAAGGAUUCUAUACAUUAGAUGAAAAGGCUCCAAAAAUUGGUAAAAAAAUCAAUUUUGAUGAUGAUGAUCUCAACAAAUGUCACUUGUAUCUUGCACCUGGUGUCAUAUAUCAAGGGGCAAUGAAAUAUGGCGUAGAAAGUUUUUAUCAAAUGAAGGAUGGAAAGGGUGAAUGUGAAAAAAGGUAUUUGAAAGGUCAUGCAGAUAGUGUCUAUUGUAUUCAAUUUGAUGAUCAAAAAAUAGUUACUGGAUCAAGAGAUAAAACUGUCAAAUUUUGGGACAUCAAUACUGGAAUUUGUUUCCAGACAUUACAUGGACAUGACCUUUCAGUAUUGUGUUUACAUUAUAAUGAUAAAAUAAUGGUAACUGGAUCAAGUGAUGCUACCAUAAUUAUUUGGGAUUUGAAUGUUGAUAAUAUUCAAAGUAUUAAACAGAUCAUGAGACUGAAUGGACAUUCAGCUGGUGUUUUAGAUAUAUGUUUUGAUGAUAGAAAUAUUGUAUCAUGUUCAAAAGAUAGCACAAUCAAAGUAUGGAAUGUUAUUACUGGGGAAUUAAAGAGGACAUUAUAUGGCCAUCUUGGUCCUGUGAAUGCUGUACAACUUAAAGAUAGCAGAAUCAUAUCAGCUUCAGGUGAUGCAUUAAUAAAAUUAUGGGAUUUAAAUACUGGUGAAUGUAUAAGAGAUUUUGUUGGUCAUACACGUGGACUGGCAUGUGUACAGUUUGAUGGUAGGUGGGUGGUGUCAGGAUCAAAUGACAGAACCAUCAAAAUAUGGGAUGUGGAAACUGCUCAGUGCAUACGCACACUUAAGGGCCAUACUGAUCUGGUGAGAACAUUACAUUUUGAUGAGAAUAAGAUAGUCAGUGGAAGUUAUGAUCAAACUGUUAAAGUAUGGGAUCUUAAAACUGGUAAACAAUUAUUGGAUUUUCAUGAAGGUCAUACCAGUUGGGUGUUUGAUGUACAAUUCAACAGAACCAGAAUUGUUAGCACUAGUCAAGAUAAGAAAAUAUUAGUGAUGAAUUUUGCUGAAGAUUUGGACACAAAAUAUUUAUUAUGA